UUCUAUGCGUCAGAAUUCAGAUUUCAGACGGCGAAAUCACAAUCUGUAGAAUUGUAGAAUAAUGUGUCAGUCGCACUGUGAUAUUUAUUUUUAGAAGACCGUGAGUGAAGCGGAUAUAAUUAAAUACUUUAAUGAAACAUGGUAUUUCGUCUAAAACAAAAUGUCUUCUGAAAAUUGCUUAGUUAAAGCAAUAUAUUCAUUCAAGGGUAAAAAUAAUGAUGAGUUAUGCUUUAAAAAAGGUGACAUUAUAACUGUCACCCAAAAAGAAGAAGGAGGAUGGUGGGAAGGUACACUAGGGGAAACUACAGGAUGGUUUCCUAGCAACUAUGUUACUGAGCACAAAGAUCCAUCUGGUUCUCUGACUACAUCACCCAUAAGAGCAGCUUCUGAAAUUCAAGCUUUUCGAAAUGUUGUUCUCAAAGAUAUCAUUGACUCGGAGAAAGCUCAUGUUGCUGAAAUGCAAGGUCUUGUUACAAACUUUCUUCAGCCCCUGGAAAAAAGUGAUAUGUUGACAAAAGAUGAAUUUAAACAACUAACUGGAAACAUAAGUGAGGUUCUCCAAAUACAUGAACAGUUCCUUGCACUCCUAGAAGAAUGUGCCACCAAAACCGGACCAGAUCAAAGAGUUGGAGGGCUGUUUCUGCAUUGGGCACCUGAAAUAAAAGCUGUUCAUCAAACAUACUGUGCAGGCCAUCCAAAGGCUGUGUGUAUUCUUGAUAAAUAUAAAGAAGAAUUGAAUACAUGGAUGGAAAAUGCUGGAGCAGUUUGUCCUGGUGUGCUGGUAUUGACCGCUGGUCUAUCAAAACCAUUUCGACGACUGGGUAAAUACCCUGCUAUGUUACAAGAACUUGCAAGACAUGUGCAUGAAGCACAUCCAGAUAGAGGUGACACUCAUCGAGCUUCUGUUGUUUAUAAGGACAUUGCCAGUGGAUGUGCAGCUUUAAGACGGCAAAAAGAGUUAGAGUUACAAGUAGUGACUGGUGAGGUUCGUGGUUGGCCUGGUGGUGAGUUGGCCUCAUUGGGAGAUGUUCUUCAUAUGGGAAGUGUAGCAGUUGGACCAUCACAUCAGGAUAGAUAUCUUGUUCUAUUUCCAUCUGCAUUACUGUUACUGUCUGUUAGUAAGAGAGUCUCUGCAUUUGUAUAUGAGGGAUGUCUUCCAUUGACUGGUAUUUCAGUUUGUAAACUAGAUGAUACUGAUAUAAGGAAAAAUGCAUUUGAAAUAAGUGGACCAAUGAUAGACACAAUAGUAGCUGUAUGUCAAACAAAAGCUGAAGCUGAUAAUUGGGUUAGCCUGUUACAAAAACACUCCAAUAUAAACAGUCCUACUCAUGAACCGAAUCAGCCACAAUCCUUACCACACCUGGCCCGCUCUCCCUCAGAAGGGGCCUUGUCUAGCAUCAACACUAGUCGUCGCAGUCUUUACCACGUGACCUUGCCGCCCCCUAGCUAUCCAUCUGCGUCACCUUAUUAUUCACUCACAAAAUAUUUUGCAAGACUUGUAAGGAAAAAAGUAAUUACACGGCAAAUGUUGCGAAAGCUUUUACAUGAGAGAACUUGGGCUAAAGCUUUCGAGCUGUCGGGAUUGCCUGUUAAAAGGAGACAUAGGAAUCAUAUUAAAUUAAAAAUUGAAAAUGAUGGCACUGUUGGUACUGAGACAGAAUGCUCUGAUAGUGAUAGAAAUUCUGAUGAAAGUGAUCACGACACAGAGGUGACAGAAACCUGUACGAGUUCUAGCAGUACAGACGUAGAAGCCAAUAGUUCCUCUAAAAUAUUACGGCAAAAUGCCAUUGACAGCAUUGGUCCUAGGACAAUAUCAUCCUCUUGCAGUAGUUGGGGUAGUAACUUCGGUUAUGUUAAGUAUUUUGAUGCAUCUACUGACAUGCACUGUGAUUUACCACAAUUGAGCAUAAAAGGAGACUGUACCAAAGAAAUUUUUAACUCAAAUAGUAGUAUAGAUUACGAUGGCGGUAAAACGAGCAUUCAGAGGUCAUCUCGAAGUAAUAAAUUAAAUAUACAACCUAUUAUUCAACAUUCCGAUAGUGCGGACAAUUCUAGUUUCGAAGCUAGAAACUACAUGGCAUGUGAAGAUUUAGUGAAUAUGGAUCAAAAUACUGAAAUGGACACUUUGGGCAGAGUCGAAUCAGAUUUUCUGACGACGCGACGUAGCUUUCCCAAUCUUAGUUCUAGAAGUGAUAUAUUACCUAAACCAUGGAAAUCUACAGAAGAUGACACAUACACAGGACAACUUGAAUACGAUACAAUAAUGUCUGACCUUUUAAAAGUAUUAGAGCCACCCGCUUCACCUAAAUCUAGCCGCGACUUUAAUGUCGAGUCGGUGAUAAUCGAUCCGCCGCUUAUGUUUAGAAAUGAUGAUGAGGAUCUAAAAAUUAUUAAUGUUAGUCUAAAUGCCGACGUUCCUUUUCGUAAGCAUUCACUUAAUUCAGACAAGAAAAUUAGGCGAUCAAUAUCGCGAUCAAUGGUGGAAACAGAAAAGAAAAACAAUGAAGCACAUUUACAGAGAAUGAGCUCACAGUCUGACAGCCGAAAGAAUCUGAAAAAAUGUGAAUGUUGUAAUAGAUCGCUAUGCCCCAGUCCGCGGUCUUCUGACUCUGGUGUUGCAGGAAGUUGCAAUUUAGCAUCACCUGAGUUAAACUUGCAUGAGUAUUCGAGUUCUGGGAAUACAGGUAAUGAUUCAGACUGCCAGGAAAAACAUACAGAUCAUAAAGAUUCAAAUAAUUUUUCAAAAGAGGCUUUGGAUAAUCAAAAGUUGUCCUUGAGCGAUAUUGAGGCUGCUACAUUUGAAGAUCAAUGUCGAUGUACAUCACCGUUUGGUUCUACCGCCAGAACAUCGUGCGUUACAAGUGUUACCUCGGAAAAUAGUUUGGAUGUAAAAGAUUUAUCUAAUACAGUAGUCAUGCCUACAUUCGUCGCAAGCCCACCUCUGCUGUCACCAAACAUAAAACGCACCUCUAUUAGACGUAACAUAGAAAAAUAUGUACCAGAAAUAAAAUUAAAACCGGAAGUCCCUCCGCGUAUAUAUCGAAAGCCGAGUACUCAUUUGGAGGUUCCCAAAAAUGUCAGGCAACCGCUUCCAUGCCAAUGGAGUACUAUUAACAUAACUGAGCGAACAAAGCCAAGUUUACAUUAUCAUAUGAGAAUAUAUAGAGAAAAUCCAGGAGAAAACGACGAGAAGAGACUGUCACGAAAGGACUUUGUUCGCAAUCGUGACAACAUAUUAAGAGAGAACAGAAAUAUAGAUAACAAGAGUUACAAGGCAAGAUCGCGUAGCGAAGACUUAUUAAAAAAGAAAGAUUUUAAAGAAACAGAUACUGGAUUUAUGGUGUAUCGUUCAGAUUUGUACGCUCACUGGUGGAUGAAAGCCAAAUUACCCAUUACUGUGGUCACCGACUCAGGCAAGGAUAAUUUUAUUUGUAAAGAACUACUGUUUUGUGUACCAUUUGUUUGAACAUAAUUGUUAUGAAGUUUUGUAACCAUUAGAUUAUUCUAAUAAUAAUAUCAUUAGUUACCCCAGUAAUGCAGUGCUUUACUCGAUCAUCCUUGCCUGUGUUUAUUCAUCUUACUAACUGGAAAACGUCAUU